AUCAGAAUGAAAUAUCACAAUCACUUCCACAUUUCCCAUUUCAAAUAAAUCAUUUACGGCCGUCGGAUUAAAAAAAAUGACCGUUAAAAGACGCUCCCACCCAAUUGGCAAUUCAAAUCACAUAAAAAGCCAGAAACAGACAAAGAAAUAAACCCUACUCUUCCAACAACUUCCAUUUCUAAAUUUCUCUCCGCCUCUCUUGUACUUUUUCCCCACAAAAAUCUUUCCAUAAUCAAAUCAAGCCAUUUUCUCCUUUGAGAUUGAUAUUCGCAGUUCGGUAGAAAGAUGUCAAGGAUGAUGUUGAGAUCAAAUGGUAAGCCGCCUCUCCCAAGAUCUCCCAUACGCCUUCGUCCCCGCCGCCAAGCUCUUCAGCCCAUCAACAAUAAUCCUGCUCGCACCCCACCAGGCUCAUUGACAAAAUCCCAGCUGCCCAAGUACACACAGGACAUCCAAAGUCCCGACCUCUGUCCCGAGUACCACACCAUCUCAUCUGAAUUACGGGCUCUUGCAAAAAUGGUGCACCAAGAACUCGGUGGCCCCACAGUGGCCAAUGUUGAUAGUAGUGUUCUGAUGGAACCCCAAAGGAGGAGCCCUCUGUUCGAAAGGGGCCGAUUCUAUGAUGAGUACUCAGCAAGGAGGAACGAGAGGCUAAAGCAUAAGAAAGGUGAAAUUGAGUACGAGAAAAAGCCGUGUUACGACCUUGGUGUUAGGGUUGAGUCGGCCAAAAAAAGGGAGUCGGGAAAGUUUGACAGCCGUAGGAAGGCAGUGGCUGCUGUGGCUACAGCUGGCGCCACGCCAUUGGCCGAAAGGAGGGAGGCUCGUACUCCGAGGUACUCGCUGAGGAGCAGUUCGAACAAGGUGAUGAAUAAGAAGCCUCCGCAGCCUUUGCCGGUGCCAAUGUCUGUGGGGCUUUCUGAGAGGAAAGUGGGAGUUAGGAGGACAAGAAAAGCCUGAUUUUUUUUUUUCACCGUCUUUUCUUAAGUUGCUUUUUAUUUUUCAUGUUUUAUUUGUUUGGAGAAAGAAAACCGGUAGGUAGUUGUUGAUUUGUGGUAAAUGGUGGGGGUUCUUGCUGAUGGGAUGAUAGAACAAGGAACAGACCUAAGUGUGGUGGUUCUUUUCAAGUGUUUGCUUUGUUGAUGAUUGUGGGAUUGUUCUUUCUGGCUAUAUUUGCUAAUAUAGUGCAUUAUAUUUUUCAGCUAUGUUGCAGUUGUUUUUAUGGCAUUGAUUUCGUUUAUU